UCCACUGUGAGCUGAGGAAAGAAGAGAUCUACAGAGUGAGUCAUUUUCACUGAGAGCUGAAAUGGAGCAGAAAAGCGAUCAACUGGAGCAAGAAACCUUUUCUUGUUCGAUCUGCCUGGAUAUACUGAAGGAUCCAGUGACUAUUCCCUGUGGACACAGCUAUUGUAUGAACUGUAUGAAAAAACACUGGGAUGGAGAAGAUCAGAGCAGGACCUACAGCUGCCCUCAGUGCAGACAGACCUUCAGACGGAGGCCUGUCCUGAAGAAAAACACCAUGUUAGCAGCUUUAGUGGAGCAGCUGAAGAAGACUGGAUUCCAAGCUGCUCCUGCUGAUCACUGCUAUGCUGGACCUGAAGAUGUGACCUGUGAUGUCUGCACUGGGAGGAAGAGGAAAGCCUUCAAGUCCUGUCUGACUUGUCCGGCCUCUUACUGUGAGAAUCACCUCCGGCAUCAUUUUGAUGCACCUCCAUUAAAGAAACACAAGCUGGUGGAGCCCUUGGAGAAGCUCCAGGAGAACAUCUGUUCUCUUCAUGAUGAGGUGAUGAAGAUGUUCUGUCGUACUGAUCAGCAGAUAAUCUGUUAUCUCUGCUCUGUGGAGGAUCAUAAAGGCCACAACACAGUCUCAGCUGCAGCAGAAAGGACUGAGAGGCAGAGAGAGCUCGAGGUGAGUCGACUAAACAUCCAGCAGAGAAUCCAGGACAGAGAGAAAGAUGUGAAGCUGCUUCAACAGGAGGUGGAGGCCGUCAGUCGCUCUGCUGAUAAAGCAGUGGAGGACAGUGAGAAGAUCUUCACUCAGCUGAUCCGUCUCCUCCAGAAAAGAAGCUCUGAUGUGAAGCAGCAGAUCAGAUCCCAGCAGGAAACUGAAGUGAGUCGAGUCAAACAGCUUCAGGAGAAGCUGCAGCAGGAGAUCACUGAGCUGAAGAGGAAAGACGCUGAACUGAAGCAGCUCUCACACACAGAGGAUCACAACCAGUUUCUACACAACUACCCCUCAGUGUCACAACUCAGUGAACCUACAGACUCAUCCAGCAUCAAUAUCCGUCCUCUCAGAUACUUUGAGGAUGUGACAGCAGCUGUGUCAGAGCUCAGAGAUAAACUACAGGACAUCCUGAAGGACAAAGGGACAAACAUCUCACUGCCAGAGACUGUAGUGGACGUUUUACUGUCAGAACCACCCAAGACCAGAGCUGACUUCUUAAAAUAUUCACGUGAAAUCACUCUGGAUCCAAACACAGCAAACACAUAUCUGCUAUUAUCUGCAGGGAACAGAAGAGCAGAAGGACUGAGAAAACCACAGUAUUAUUGCAGUCAUGCAGACAGAUUCACUGGAUGGUGUCAGGUACUGAGCAAAGAGAGUCUGACUGGACGUUGUUACUGGGAGGUGGAGUGGAGCGGAGGAUGGGGAGUUCGUGUAGCAGUCGCAUACAAGGAUAUCAGCAGAGCUGGAAGCUCGGAUGAAUGUGGAUUUGGAUUCAAUGACAAAUCUUGCGCUUUACAUUGUGACACUGAAGCUGAAAUGGAGCAGAAAGGACUUCAGGUGGACCGGGAAACCUUUUCUUGUGUGAUCUGUCUGGAUCUACUGAAGGAUCCAGUGACUAUUCCCUGUGGACACAGCUACUGUAUGAGCUGUAUUAAAGGAUUCUGGGAUGGAGAAGAUCAGAGGAAGAUCUACAGUUGCCCUCAGUGCAGAGAGGCCUUCACACCGAGGCCUGUCCUGAAGAAAAACACCAUGUUAGCAGCUUUAGUGGAGCAGCUGAAGAAGACUGGACUCCAAGCUGCUCCUGCUGAUCACUGCUAUGCUGGACCUGAAGAUGUGGCCUGUGAUGUCUGCACUGGGAGGAAGAGGAAAGCCUUCAAGUCCUGUCUGCAGUGUCUGAUCUCUUACUGUGAGAAUCACCUCCAGCCUCACUAUCAACUACCUGCCUUUGAAAAACACAAGCUGGUGGAGCCCUUGGAGAAGCUCCAGGAGAACACCUGCUCUCAUCAUGAUGAGGUGAUGAAGAUGUUCUACCAUACAGAUAAGAAACGUAUCUGUUAUCUCUGCUCUGUGGAGGAUCAUAAAGGCCACGACACAGUCUCAGCUGCAGCAGAAAGGACUGAGAGGCAGAGAGAGCUCGAGGUGAGUCGACUAAACAUCCAGCAGAGAAUCCAGGACAAAGAGAAAGAUGUGAAGCUGCUUCAACAGGAGGUGGAGGCCGUCAGUCGCUCUGCUGAUAAAGCAGUGAAGGACAGUGAGAAGAUCUUCACUGAGCUGAUCUGUCUCCUCCAGAAAAGAAGCUCUGAUGUGAAGCAGCAGAUCAGAUCCCAGCAGGAAACUGAAGUGAGUGGAGUCAAAGAGCUUCAGGAGAAGCUGCAGCAGGAGAUCACUGAGCUGAAGAGGAAAGACGCUGAACUGAAGCAGCUCUCACACACAGAGGAUCACAACCAGUUUCUACACAACUACCCCUCAGUGUCACAACUCAGUGAACCUACAGACUCAUCCAGCAUCAAUAUCCGUCCUCUGAGAUACUUUGAGGAUGUGACAGCAGCUGUGUCAGAGCUCAGAGAUAAACUACAGGACAUCCUGAAGGAGGAAUGGACAAAUAUCUCACUGACAGUGACUGAAGUGGACGUUUUACUGUCAGAACCAGAGCCCAAGACCAGAGCUGGAUUCUUAAGAUAUUCAUGUGAAAUCAUUCUGGAUCCAAACACAGCAAACCCACGGCUGUUAUUAUCUGAAGGGAACAGAGAAGCAGAAAUGCAUCAACCACAGCCGUAUCCUCGUCAUCCAGACAGGUUCACUUAUUAUCGUCAGGUCCUGAGCAAAGGGAGUCUGACUGGACGUUGUUACUGGGAGGUGGAGUGGAGAGGGGAAGGGGUUCGUGUAGCAGUCGCAUACAAGAAUAUCAGCAGAGCAGGAGACUCAGAUGAAUGUAGAUUUGGACGCAACAACAAAUCCUGGGCUUUACAUUGUGACACUGAUGGUUAUAAUUUUUGGUUCAACAACAGUCAAACUCCCGUCUCAGGUCCUGUUUCCUCCAGAGUCGGAGUGUACCUGGAUCACAGAGCAGGUAUUCUGUCCUUCUACAACGUCUCUGAAACCAUGACUCUCCUCCACAGAGUCCACACUGUGUUCACUCAGCCUCUCCAUGCUGGACUUCAUCUUUGUUUUCCUUUGUUUGGAGACACAGCUGAGUUCUGCAGACUUAAAUAGAAAGAAUU